AUGUCCUCUACUGAAACUCAGACUCGAAGCUCAGCCUUCGACGAUCUCUACGCAAAGACGCUCUCUUUCAGGCCUCCCCUUCUGCAUCCUCCAAAACCACAUACGCCCUCACUUGCUGACCCAAUUUCCUCUCUCCGUGUGCAUCCUGCUCUCGAGGCUGCCCUUCAUAUCCUCAAUUAUGACCUCCCAUCUGCACACUUCCUCGUGCGUAAAAUGCAGUCCUUGCCCGCUGCCGAAGGGAUGUUCCUCCACGGGGUGUUGCAUCGCAUCGAGGGGGAUUAUGACAAUGCUCGGGCAUGGUAUAAGGACGUGAGCGACACCGAGGUGAUGGAGAAGGUAUGGGGUAAGGGAGAAGGUGUCAAGGGUGGGAAGGCGGAGAAGUUCAUUUCGGAGGUGCAAGACUUGGACCAAAGGCUCAGAAAGGGAGAGAAGGGCGAAGGGGUGGAGAAAGAACAGACGAGACUUGAGAAUGAGAGUAAGCGGGAGUUGAAGGGGAUUGUGGACUAUUGUUUGAACACCAUGGGAAGAGGUGUGUGGCAGGAUGCAAGAGGCGCUUAUGUGGAGAGUAGCGAGAAGAUCAAAAAGAUGGGACAGGAUCAGACGACGGGGCCAGGAGGAAUGAGGAAGUUUUAG